CUCACUAAAGCCCUUUGGAUAAGAUCUUUUUUUAUGUGUUUAAUUGUGUUGGUGGCAUUCUUGGCUGUACAGUUAUUUUCCUCUCUCCAGGUCUUAAAGACAAUAAUCGACAAUAAUCGAUCUUGAUAUGGUUGAUAGAAAGCAUCAACCAUGACAUAAAUCUGUUCCUACAUAACACAUAAUGUUUAGAGCUUAUUUUUUUUUUAUUGUUGGCAAUAUUUGUUGAACAUUUAUUUAUUUGUAUAGUAGCCUACUGUCAUGAUCAUGCCACAUAGCCUACAUUCCCUGCCAAAUAGCAUCACCAUCCCAUCUGACAUCUAUAAUGACAGCUUCCCCGCAAUCUAUUCGCUGUUAGAAUUUGGUGGUUUCCCAGAAGGCCUAGUAGUCUAGCACCAAAUAGACACCAUGCUGUCUCUAACCUAAUUAUGUCCUUGCACAUCACAACGCCGUGCUGUGAUUGGCGCUUCUGACAGCGAAGUUUGCCAUUGUGGCUGUCAAGGUUCUUCUGCUUGAUAUUGUGAAUGUAUUUAACAAAAAAGAAACGCAGGGCUGUGAUCUGUGCGCUUUAAGAGAGCUAUUAGCACAUUAUUUGUAUAACGUGUUAUCGGCCUAUUGUAUAUGUGUAAUACUUAAAUCGGUUUAACUUUGCGGAACACCGCAGCUUUUUUUUUGUGGCUUUAUUCUCGGCCGUAAUUCAAAGAGUGGGGGGGAUGCAAUGUCUCAAUUCAGUACCGCGGCACUUAGGACGUCAGAAUUUGCAUGGGAGCAACUAAACUCUCACGAUUAAGUACGAGAUUUCGCCUCCAAAAUGUUGUGGACCAACGAGACUCGUCGGAUGGGGAGAAUCUCCAGCGAUGAGCAGGUCAAGCCUCUCUGCUCUACAUGCUGAGGGAGCAACUCUGCCGGGCACCAGAUCCUCCACAGCUCAGCGUGGCUGCCCGCGCUCCUCCGAGCCGUCGACAUGGAGAGGAGCUGCUCAGAUUGCCCCGUGCCCCGGCUGGCACAGAGCCUCUGCACGCUGUGCAACAAGUGGCUGUGUUACCAGUGUACCAACAUGCACCAACACCACAGACCGCUCGCCACCUCCCAGUACGCAGACCUGGACCUACACCAGCCACCUCCGCCGCCCGGCUCCCACUGUCCUGACGGGACGCACCAGAGAGGGCCCGGCCCCCUGGCCCUGCCCACAGCAGAACCAGGCAAGCACCACCAGAGCCAACCGAGGGGGGGGGCAUCCAUCACUCCACGCCUGUUCUCCUGCAGCUUCCCCCCCCCCCGGACAGCUCCCGUAUAUCUAAGCAGAGCUGCGUGGCUUUGUCUUCUCCUCUGUCUACUGCAUGUCGCCUUUUACAUCGGGAAGGCCCUUCAGGACCAGCAGUGGUUGUUUGAGAGCCUGGCGGUGCAGCUGGACGAGAGGAGGGCCAGAGUGGAGAACACUGCCAAGCAGGUAGAGGACAGGCUCCACGGAGUAAAGAUCAUGCAGAGGAAGGCAGAGAACCAGAUUAAAAUGGCAAAAAUGAUUAUGAUGAACGAGCUGAACAAACGGGCCGGCCUAUUAAUAGAGCAACUUGAGAAGAUCUCCGAGGACUUCCAGCAGCGGUUGGAUGAUCAACUACAGGGCGCCAUAGAGAUAUGCGGACAACUGGACCAUGUGCAUCAGUUUGUUACCUGGGCAACGACUCAGCACUGCAGGAGCCCAGUGCUAUUCAGCAAGGAGUUGAUUUCACUUCAGAUGCAGCAACUGCUUGAACCAUCGCUCUACUUGGACUCAUGGCUACCCGUGAAGAUCAAGUUUAACUGGGACGCGAGCUACUGGACCAAGCAAGUAGCCUCUCUAGGUCAAAUUUCUGUUGAGGGGGGGAACUGCCCCUUUCCCCAGGCCUUGUCCUGCCCCAGCCUACUGAGGCCUCAGCCCGUCCCGUGCCUGUCGCUGCCCUCGGCCUGCCAGAGAGGCCGAGAGCUGGGCUGCGGCGGCGGUGGCGGCGGCGGCUACCAGGCGUGCUGCCAGCCUCAGCUGUGCUGCCUGCACGCCGGACCCCCUCAGCCGGGCCUGUCCGCCAGCAUGCACAAGAACCAGCUGGAUGCGGCCUCCUACAGCUCCGGCUGCGGCGUCCCGCCCACCCUUACCCCCGCCGCCCUCCACCAAACCCAGUCCCUCCAGAGCUGCUGGGACCCCCAGAUCAGCAACCCGGGAGCGCGGGCCGCCACGCUGCAGUGUAUCCCGCCUCCGCUUCCCCCAACGCCACCGCCUCCUCCUUCCUCGUCGCCGUCGCCGCCCGCCCCGGGCGGGGACUCUGUUUAUCUUAGCGGAGGUCAGGACAACAGCCUCACCUCCCAUCCCCAACACGCUACGCCGCAGCCCCAGUGCAAAGGGCAUCCCGUGGGACGUGUUCCUGAGAACCACAGCAAGCAGCCACGUGCAGAACUCCAGAGCAGGCCGGACCCGGGGGAGACCUUCCCCGCCAACAGGCCUCAGCAGCAGCAGCAGCAGCAGCAGCAGCAACAGAAGCAGCAACAGAAGCAGCAGCCGAAGGCCGCCGCCCUGGACGGGAUGGCAGAAGACGCCUUGGAGGGGAGGCAGAGGGAGGAGCACGGCCAUAGACACACAGUGGGGGUGGGAGUCAGAGGGGAAACGAGUAGCAGCAGGGGGCAGCGGGAGGAGAGGGUGGAGCAAGCCACCGGUGUCCAGGUGGAGCGUCAGUCCAAGGGGUUAACGACGGAGCGGCGGGAAGAGCAGCAACGGACCAGUCCCCCGCCACCAGCACCAGCACCACCACCACCAGCACCACCACCACCACCACCACCACCACCUCCGCUGCCUGGAGACUACAGAGAUGCCAGGAGACCCUCGUCCCUGGAGGCGUCGCUGACAGCCCACGGGAGCGGAGCCGAGGCCCCCAGCAGCAGGCGCUCCUCCGGCUCGGCGUGUGGGAGGAGGAGCAGCCGCUCCCAGAGCAUCCCAGCAGAACCGCCCGCAGCCCCCGCACCCGGCCCCCCCGCCGCCGCCGCCGCCAGCCUGGGGGGCGGAGCUCCAGACCAGUACAGCCGCACGGAUGAGAGGCGGCGGAGGUCGUCCGACGGGGUGAUCCAGUGUGUUGCCGGGCAGAAAAAGCCAGCCCCAGUUGGCCGCACACGUUGCAGAGGACAGGGCUCCCUGCAACUUCCGUCCCCAUUGUUGUAUUAUAAGACCGAGCCAGAUCACCCUUUUUCGAAAGACGAAACGGAGUACAAAGUGGAAGAGAAAUGCUACAAAGGGAGGAACGUACAGAAAACCAACAGCGAAAGGGACUUCGUGGGGGCGGCUGACAGUCCGAAGGUCCCGGUGGUGUGUCUGGAACGGCUCAAAGUGCUGGUGUCUCGCCUGCCCCCGCACGGACGGCGCCAGAGCGACCCGCUCCCGGCCGGGGCCGGGGCAGGGGCCGGGGCCGGGGCCGGAGCCGGGGCCUGCUCCCAGAGGCCAGCCCGGGCUGAUGGCCGCGGCCAGGACAACCCCGGUGGCUCUGCUUUCAGGAGGGCCACCCUGUUGUUCAACACGCCCCCGUACACAGCGUCCCACAGCCCGGGUCGACCCACCGCCCCCGGGGACCCCUACGACCCCCAGGGGACCCCUGAGCCCAAGCACCUUGUGCCUUCUCCGGACCCGGACUCGGACUCAGAGCCAGAACUCCUCUCGGAACCGGAACCGGAUCCGGGCUACGACCCGCAGCUCGACUCGGACUUGUCCCAGGAAUACGAGCCGCACCUCGGGUCUUCAUCGUCGUCGUCGUCGUCGGAGGAGGCGGCGGACCCCGAGGCCGUGGCUCUGGCGGAAUCAGCGGGCACCGGAGAGCGGGACCCCGGGGGUGAGUGGGAUGCCGCAGAGGCGUCUGAUCCCCUCAGGGCGGACUACCAACCCCCGGGUCAACGGGACUACGACCACGGGGGUCCGGGAGACGCGGUAGACCUGGACGCCGCUGACGACGCAGACUCUGAGGCCGAUGCCGAGGCAAAGUCCGGCGGACAGCACCAACGCCACCAACACCCCCACCCCGACUCGGAACACCGUUUCCAUGCCGACGACAGUGACUCCGACGUCACGUCCAACCACCCCAGGGACUCCCAGUUCUCUGGCGACUCAGAGUUGGAUCUGUCAGAACCCGACGUGAACAACAACGACGACGACGACGACGACGACGACGACGACGAUGAUGGGGGGGACGAUGAGCCCCAGGCCCUGCGCUCUGACCUGGACGAGGGCCCCCCCGUGGGCCACAGGGGCCUGCUGAUCGCCAACCCGGGACCCGGGGGGGAGACGGGGCGACACGGAGAGGAGAUGGAGAGCGAGGACUUCUGCGCCGUGUGUCUGAUCGGAGGGGACCUGCUGUGCUGCGAUCGCUGUCCCAAAGUCUUCCACCUGGCCUGCCACAUCCCUCCGCUUCUGAGCUUUCCCACGGGUGACUGGAUAUGCACCUUGUGUAGGGAUGUCAUGCAGCCAGAGGUGGAGUACGACUGUGAGAUGGAAAGGACAGCAGCAGUCCUGGGACUGUCUUCCUGUGACCAGCGAAAAUGUCAGCGCCUGACUCUUCUGCUCUUCAGUAACGUCCUAAGCGCUCCCUUCCACGAGCCUGUCAGUCCACUCGCUCGACAUUAUUAUCAGAUCAUCAAAAGGCCCAUGGACCUGUCUCAGAUCAGGGCACGACUCAGCAAGGGCAACACUCGCCGCUACGCCUCUCCAGAGGAGUAUGUCGCUGAUGUCUAUCUCAUGUUCCGAAACUGUGCCAAGUUCAAUUACCCCGACUCAGAGGUGGCGCAGGCAGGCCGGAGCCUGGAGUCCUUCUUCAACUCCAGGCUGAACGAAGCCUUCCCUCUCGGAGUCUUCCUCCCGGCCGGCCAGGACUCUGACAGUGAUGACGAGUACGACGAAGCCUACAGGGCUGCGGAGAACGGGUUUCCCUGGCCAGAGAGGAGGGAACAGUCUCACAGGAAGAGGAAGAGGAGACACUCGCUGAACUCCAGAAAGCAUCACUUGUAAUAAAGAAGAGGGAAGAACCUAUACCAAGUUUGUUAUCACAGAUUCUACAGGGACAGUUUUUUCGGCCAGACUUGAAGACUGUAUUGGUAUUCCUUUGCUUUUCAGUGAUUUAUUUCUGAUAUCGUGAUAAAACAUUAAACCUGCACUAUGUACGUUUUGUAAGCGGACAAAAGUUGACCAGAAUAAAACGAGCUAAAGAGAAGCAUUCCUUGGAUGGAUUGAAUCGUGGAGGGCUGCGUUUCAUUCUUGGGAAUCUUUCUAGUUCUGAUAUUUUUUAAUGGGAGAAAAUGGCUGCAGUAUAAAAGUUAAAUAGUGCAGGUUUAAAAAUUGUCUAGUGUCGCAUUGAAGUUUUCAUCGGAAAAUGUACACAUACAUAUUGACAUACAGAAGGCACUGAAUGAUAAAUGUAUGUAAAAUGCUAGUUUGUUAAAUAUUUUUUCUAAUUAUGUAUUUCACUUCUUACAUACUGACUCAAAGAUACUUCCAAUUCAUCUUGAGAUCUUGAAUAUAUAGACCCAUAAAUGUAUUGAUAUUAUGUACUACCUAUAAUCUGGUAUGUUGGUUUUUUUACACUGCACAUUUGCUAUGUGUCUUUGUGAAGUGGAUAUCUAGUAUUUAUUGUAAGCUGAGCAUUAAUACUAAAUCGAAACCCCAAUUAUUAUGUGCAGCACUUUGACAUUUUAUGAUUAAUAAUAACCUAUCUUAAUAAUAGGCCUACCAUACAUAUUUCUAUAUGUGGCUCUUUUAAUAUGUUCAUUUAAGUCACAAACAAUUGCAGGCAGUUGUUUUCAGUGCUUUGUUAGAAAUGUUGGACCUGUUAUGUUCUUUUUUCUUUUCAAGUAGAGCUGAAGUGACAGCUUUACUUUAGCGAUUUAAAGCAAGACUUUAAAUUGCUAAAGUCUCCUUAGCUAUUUGAUUAACAUGGAUUCUGAAUGCUGGACCUUCACAUGCAGCAAUCCAUCAAGUUCAGUUUACUCAAGAAAGAAUUUAAUUUACUCACCGUCUUUUUGUUUGAUUGUAUUUGAGGGAAUUCCUUAUUCUAGUAUAGUUUGUAUAUGUUAAGCUGGUGCUUCAACAAAGUGUUCAUCUACUGUUUAAAUAACUCCCAUUGAACCAGAGUAACAAAGCAUUGUUUUUUACUGAGCUUGCUUAGAGCUUCCCUUUGUAUGUCCUGUCAUUUAUUUGACUAUAUCAUUUUUAACAGUUUAAUUUCAUAAGAUCAGUUUUUCUAGAUUGAGGGCUCUUUAUUGCCUUGGCACUUUCUUAUCAAUGUAAUGUUGACAUUGCACCUUGUUUAUCGAUUCUGGUGGUAUCCUCCCAUUAUACGAAGUAGGCAUAAUCCCUAAUAAGUGUAUAGUUGUGUUGAAACAAUUUUUUUUGUGUCAUCAUACUAAUUCUACAUAUUGAUGUCAAUAAAAUGUGUUUCAUAGACAAAACACAGCUAUAUUAUCAUAUAGCUCAUCCUGUUAUAGACUAAGAUUACUAUGGUAUUAAUUGACUUUUCUGCAACUUUGUAUGGGCAUUUAAAAGUAAUAUUUGAUUUGCAAACGCUGUGUAGGCCUAUAUUAUGAAGGGGUUAAAUAUUUUCUAUAUAUCUGGAGCACACAUUUGAUAUAGAUUUUACAAGAAAGACACCAAAUAGUACCAUCUCUACACCUUUACAGUCAAAUAGAAAGCACUGACUAAAUGUAGGCUACUUUCACAAGCUCUAUAUUUAAACAUUAUUUUGCAUUGCAUACCGUCUGUUCUGGCUGAGUCUAAUGUGUCAAAUUUUUUCAUUUGAAAAAAAGAUACACUUCACAUGCCAACACUUGUGGUGGAACAUAUGCCAAUAAGGUGAGAGUAUAGAAUAAGGCUAUAAAUGAGGUACUACCAUGGAUGUAUGACUUCAUAUUACAGCCAUAUGUUACUCCUCAAAUUAAAGAAUCUUGGGCAGUUUUCUGUAGCUAUUGCAUGUUGUUUUUCACCACAUACUUACAAAUUGAAAAUGUGUCCUUAACAUCAUUGAUUCUAAAGUUUUUGUGCAAAACCAUGCAAUAAAAUGCCCUUUAACAUACAAUAAAAGUUUUUAAUCAUUAAAAAGAACAAUUUCAAUACAUUCCAUACUUGAAUCAUGCUUAAUAAAGGGAUUUCUUUUUCACUGUGUUGAACUGUGUUACUUACACACGUUCAGGGUUGCAAUAAAACUCUCAGUGGGAAGUGGAGAGAGCUGUGAGCUAACCCCCUGGAGACCGGGGUUCAAGUCCCGUUGAUGUCCUCUGUUGGAACACUCUUAUCUCUAUUUCAUGCGAAUUAUAGAGUCAAGUAUAACCAUUGUGUUGAAUUUAUUCCGUGUCUUGAUGGUGCAUUGAUAAGUUCGGAGGUUAAUACUCCGAACAGCUUAGGUUCGGGUCCCUGCAAAAAAAGUUUACAGGGGUAUGACGGUUUUAUUGGUCAACAUGGAAAAAACAUGAGGGGUAACUCUGUCGUUUUUUAUCGGCCGUCAUGAAAUAAGCAUAAGGGGUAACACUGUCGAUAUUCAUCAAAUAAAACAUAGGGGUAACACUGUUGUUUUUCUUUGGUCAUCAUGAAAAAAACCACAAGGGGUAACACUGUUGUUUUUUAUUGGUCUUCAUGAAAAACAACAUAAGGGGUAACACUGUUGUCUUUGUCAAAUAAAAUAUAAGUCGUUUUUUUUUGGUCGUCAUGAAAAAAAACUUAAGGGGUAACACUGUUGUUUUUAAUUGGUUGUCAUGAAAAAAAACAUUGGGGGUAACACUGUUGUUUUUCUUUGAUCGUCAUGAAAAAUACCACAAGGGGUAACACUGUUGUUUUUUAUUGGUCGUCAUGAAAAAAAACAUAAGGGUAACACUGUCGUUUUUUAUCGUUCGUCAUGAAAAAAAACAUAAGGGGUAACGCAGUCGUUUUUUAUCGGUCGUCAUGAAAAAAAACAUAAGGGGUAACGCUGUCGUUUUUUAUCGGUCGUCAUGAAAAAAAACAUAAGGGGUAACACUGUCGUUUAUUAUC